AUGCUUUCAUCACCCGUGGCAAAAGUUCCUGAUUCUGUUUACCCUCCAAUUCCAGGAGAAAUUCAUAAAUAUUAUGGAAAUAUUCAUUUUAAACAAGUUAAACUUCCCCCAAGUUCUAUAAACAACAAUACCUAUCGUUACUCUAGGGAUUCAGAAAAUAUGAGUAUUUAUGAAGCAACCUCUAGUGGUCAUUUAGCAAGGGUCAAAGAAAUUUUAGCGCCAAAAGGUUCUGGUGGGAAAGUUACAGAUUUCUCGCGUGCCAAUAUUGCAAAUUCAUCUUCAGGUUUAACACCACUUCAUUAUGCUGCAUCACGUGGCCACUUAGAUGUUGUUAAGUGGCUAGUAGAAAGUGCUGGUGCCAUUGUUGAUUUAGAAGAUCAGACUGGCGAAACUGCUCUUUUAAAAGCCUCUUAUAAUGGUCAUACAUCGGUUGUCGAUUAUCUUUUACAAAAAGAUGCAAAUGUUUCACAAAAAGAUAAUGAUGGAUGGACUGCAUUACAUAAUGCAUCUGCACAAGGACAUUAUUAUAUAGUCAGGUAUUUGAUAGAGUAUGCUAAAGCUGAUGUUGAUGUUGAAAAUAAUAGAAAUAUCACACCUUUAAUGAAUGUUGCAUCAAAGGGACAUAUUGAUAUAGUCGAAUAUCUCUUAAAUUAUGCCGAUGCCAAUCCUUUUAUCAAAAACAGUUUUGGAGAAACUGCUUAUGAUGCAGCAGCAACAAGCAAUGAAGUUUAUAUUUGCGAAUUGUUAGAAAAAGCUGAACGUGACUGGUGGAAAGGAGGAAGACCAAUCCCUGAACCCAAAUCUUUUAGAGAUCUCGAAAUAUCUUUACCACCAAUCAAUCAACCAUAUGAUGUUUUUACUUUUCAUAUAUCUGUACCAAUCAUUCUUCAUGAAAACCAAAGAGCAUCUUCGGUUUUUCCAAUGGCACUCCGUGGACCACCAAAAUAUUCAGCAGCAAAUCUUUUGAAAACUGAUAAUCGUGUAGCUUGGUCUCUUCAUCCUAGCGGUCAACCAUCAUCCAAAGAGGAUGUAAAACUUCCUGUUGGACCUAAUUCUUCAUCGAUAUCAAUAAUUUCUAAUGCAACCACUACAAAAUUACAGAAUAGACAAUGGUUUUGGGUGGAUGAAUGGCAAAUAGAUAUGUCUUAUCCACAUGUAGAUGAGGAAGGAUGGCAAUAUGCUAAAAGUUUUAAUGAACCUGUUUCAGAAUGGACCGCUUAUCCACCUCCAAAUGCCAACAACUGGGUAAGAAGAAGACGAUGGGCUCGUGUGAUGAAACGCCGAAUGAGUCUUAGCGACAAUGGACUACAGUUCACUAAAGAAUCUCAGUUGUAUGAUUUGAACUAUAUCGAACAAGCUGAAAUGAUAAUUCAAACUUAUCAAAAUAACAAAAAAGGAAGAAAAGAUGACCCAUAUGGGCAGGUUGCAGCUUAUAAAGAAGCAAUAAGGAUUUUACAAAUUGGAAUUAAAUCCGAAAUAAAUACUCAAAAAAAACAAGAGGCCAAUUCAAUUAUGGCUGCUCUUAUACAACAUGCUGAAGGUUUAGAAGGUUUGACAAAAAAUGACAACGGUGUUCAAAUUGCAUCAUCUCGUAAUAAACUUGGAUUAGAAAUAAAAAAACCAAACAGCGAUAUUACAAAUAAUGGAAUGGUAACGCCUAACAGAGCAUAUCCAAAGAUAGGUUUAAAUACUACAAAUGUUCCUGCAAGCACCCUUAAACAUCCAAAAUGGGAAAAUGAUGAAAAUGUACAAGAGUGUCGUCAAUGCCAAAAGAAAUUUAAUUUUUGGAUUAGAAAACAUCAUUGCAGACGAUGUGGACAAGUUUUUUGUGACAAAUGUUCGUCUGCUCGAGUUUUUAUGUCUCCUUUACAAGCAUUAUAUGAUCCUUCUGUUCCUAAUGACUCAUCCGCAUCAUCACAAUACCAUCGUGUUUGUGAUUCGUGUAAUGAGUCUGCCGGGCAUCUUUCGCGUUCAAAGUUCAACAGUUUUGUUUCAUAG